CUUUUAACAAGUUAACUAUAGUUAUUAGCGUGUUUUGCGUGAAAAAAUGUCGGCAAAAAAAGUCGGCAAAAGAUUAAAAAAAAUAGUCACUUGAACAUAAUUCAGUCACUUUUUGCCGAAUAACAGCCAGAACGAAAAUGAGCACAAAAGUUUAAAUUUUCAAUGUUUUUUUUAAAAAAAAAAUUCCAGCAAAAGGACAAUGAAGUCAAUUCAAUGAUUAUAUUUCCCUAUUCUUAUUUCAACACUGUCUUCUGCUUUGUUCUUUUCUUCUCGACUAUCCUUUUCCUCUGCCAUGCUCACAUAAACGUUAGAACAAAGAUGACCGCAGAGUCUAAUGAAGUUUUCGUGUUCUCUUUAUUACCAUUUAAUUUCAUAUAUAUUGAAUUUAAAAAUCGGCAAAAUAAUAUGCAACAGUGGUACCGGUACAAAAGGCUAAUAAUGCGCAUGCCCAAGUGCUUAUCGAUGCAAGCUACAAGCUACAAUGAUGGAGAAAACUUUAAUGCAUCUCAAUACACCAGCGAUAGUUCUAUUAACAAAAAAAAACAGGUGUUUUAAAUGUUUUGUUAAAAAUUCUCUCACUAUGACAGUUUUGGUGUUUGAUGACUGGCGCGCCUGAUUUCGUUUAAUAGUUUAUGUUCACCAAAUAAGGGUAAAUUACGCACAUGAUGCUAAUUACCAAUAAUCUAUUCUCUUUGAAUUUUUUUAAGAUGUCCAAACCCGAAUAACGCAACGAAAUAUUAGACACCUAUGAAGAGUUCCUGAAUUAUAAGUUGUCCCCCCACCCUUAAAUAUUGCUUAAUUAAUGAAGCAACAAAGCCUGGAAAUUAAGUUGAUGAUUAAUUAAUACAGCAAUUAGGACUGGAAAUUAAGUUGAUAAUUAAUUAAUGAAACAAUUAGGACUGGAAACUAAAUUGAUCGUGUAACAAAAAAAUGCGUAAUUUAAUUAAAAAUUCAAGGCGCCCCUCCCUUCGCACUGUGCCUUGAACAUUCACUUCUAGUGAUAGUGAGUGUUUAAUUAAUGAAGCAAUUAGGACUUGAAAAUAAGUUGAUGAUCGUGGUAACAAAGAGAUGCGUUAAUUAAUAAAAAAUUCAAGGUGUGGCACGUUGAAAUGUAAAAUACAAGAAGGCUUACAAAUGUUUCUUCACUCCUGUUGACAUUCUAAAAAGAAAAGAGCUGAAGAUAUAGGAGCUACUGAAAAGUUGGUAGAAUUCAUAAUGAAGUCUAGCUGGAUACUGCUGCUCGUUUUAAUCUCUUUAGUUAGUGGGAAUCUACAUAGAAUCAAGUUGCAUAAACUUGACAAAACAUUAAGACAGACUUCAAAAGAACAAAAUGCACCUGAGUAUAUCACUUCAAAAGGAAACGCUGUCAAUCGUGGUGGCCAAGAGCAGCUUCAAAACUUUUUCGAUGCACAAUAUUAUGGUCAAAUCGCGAUUGGAUAUCCCCCUCAACGCUUCAAAGUUGUAUUUGAUACUGGAUCAUCAAAUCUGUGGGUGCCAUCAUCACACUGUCCUUUUACAGACAUUGCAUGCCUCUUCCACAGCAGAUAUAACGCAAACUACUCACAUACAUACGUUAAAAAUGGAACUGAGUUUGCCAUCAGUUAUGGUAGUGGUAGUUGUUCUGGAUAUCUUGGUCAAGAUUUUGUUGAAGUUGCUGGCAUUUAUGUGACAAAUCAAGUAUUUGGAGAAGCUACUUCCCUUCCAAGCCCAGCAUUUAUUUCAGCUAAGUUUGAUGGGAUUUUUGGAAUGGGAUUUCAAGAACUUUCUGAGGAUAAUGUUGUUCCUCCAUUUUAUAACAUGGUGUCACAAAAAGUUGUUGAUCAACCCGUCUUUUCAUUUUGGUUGAAUAGAAAUGCGAACGAUAGUGCUGGUGGAGAGCUUCUUUUGGGAGGUACUGAUCCUGCGCGUUACGUCGGUGACUUUACAUACACUCCUGUCACAACAAAAGGCUACUGGCAAUUCAAAAUGGACAAAAUUGUAGUUAAUGGAGAGCCAAUGUUUUGCCAAAAUGGUUGUCAAGCCAUUGCAGACACAGGAACGUCGUUGAUUACAGGACCAACCACAGAAAUCGAAAAGCUUAAUCAUAUAAUUGGAGCUACACCUUUUGUUGGUGGAGAAUACACAAUUGAUUGCUCAGAGAUUCCAACCUUACCAGAGUUAGAUUUUUACAUUGCUGGAAAGAAGUUUACUUUGAAGGGAUCUGACUAUAUUGCGAAGAUAUCGACACCUGGUCAGAGUCGAUGCUUCAGUGGUUUCCUGGCACAGGAUAUUCCACCACCACGUGGCCCAUUAUGGAUUUUGGGGAAUGUCUUCAUUGGACCAUAUUACACAGUUUUUGACCUUGGUAACAGUCGACUUGGUUUUGCCAAAUCAAAGAGGUGUUAAGUGGAAUAAGAUUAUUUGGAAGAUGUUUCAGUUACAACUAUAUGUUAUCGUGCUUGCCACUUUACUUGCGAAGAAAAACUUUUAGUUUUUAUCAAAAUUUAAAUGUCGUUUUACCGUUAAUUUACUUUUUAUUUAUAUUUUAUGUAUGUUAUCUAAUUUUUAUAUCUUUAUUAUUUGCACUGUCUUCUGUAUCCAAUAAUGUUUUGAAGGUUAUGACUGCUUUUGAUCUCGUGGAGUCAUAAUGUCAACUCAUGCAUAGCGAAAUUGUUUGUGUGAAUGCCCAUCAUCACCAACAUGGUAUCUAUUGUUUUGCAAGAUCAAACAUUAUUGUUCUGUUCUAUUAUACACUAGGUAGUCGUUAGUCCGUGGAAAAUCCACGGGAGUUCGCCUGUCACAGGAAAGCUGGUAAAACGAUAUCGCAAUGAUUAUUUGUAGUUUUAAGAUUUCGUGCGUGGUUUUGCAUGACUCGGUUUUGGGCAACAGACGGCUAUUAUUAUGGUAACUAGUAGGC